GGUUAAUGAGGCAAUCAUUCUUUUUGAUCUGAUGUUGGAAGACAAGAACUAUGUUAAACCAGAGGUAUACCUGUUAAUUCUGCGCCCGCCGCUUGCACUGUCCUUAUCUCCUGAUGGACGAAACUACGUUUGAUCCUGAUCUGAUUCACGCCAUUUUCAAGCUCGUUUGGAGCCGAAGAGCUCUCGAGCGCGAGAAAAAUGACUGCAUUGAGGCUCUGGAAGGAGAGGUCAGAAUCUCUCUCGCAUUCUUAAUUCAGUGGGCGAUCGGACUCUAUUCCACUCGAAACGCGGUCACAGCUGGAAUGUCCAAGAAAAGUCGGCCUACCUCUGCUAAUGCAAAUGCUCUGAAGCUGAGCUGUGAACUUCUCCGAUUAUUUGUUACAGAGGCUGUACAACGCUCUGCUACUAUAGCUGAAGCAGAGGGUGUUGGCAAAAUAGAAGCUACACAUUUGGAAAGGAUUCUUCCACAACUACUUUUAGAUUUUUAAGAGAACAAUAUUUGUUGAUGUCUAAAUGUACUUCAGAAAUCAACUAGAGCAAUUAUGCAACCUCGUUUGCACAAUGGUGAGAGAAGAUAUCACUUGGAUCGUCCAGAGUGCAAAAGCAGGCAAUCUUAAGAACGAGGAGCAUCUGUUCCUCGUAUCCAUUCCUUAUCAGCUUAGGGUCAAUUGCUUUAUUUGGAUCCUCAGAUGUCAUCACAUUUCUCAUCCAUUUCACCAAGCUCAUUUCAGUUGUAUGUUGGAAAAACUCAUCAGAUGGAAGUUUACCAAUCACUAGAACUCCUAGCAAUACCCCAAAACUGUAUAUAUCACACCUGUCUGUGAACUUCAAGGUCUGAUGAUACUCUGGAGCAAUGUAUCCCACAGUUCCUGCCAGAUUUGAAGUUGUAACAUGUGUGUAUGCAUCUGGCACUGCCUUUGCGAGCCCAAAAUCUGCAAUUCUGGGUUCCAUGUCGUCAUCAAGAAGGAUGUUUGCUGGCUUAAGAUCUCUGUGAAUUAUGCGAGGAUUAUGGCUCAUGUGGAGAUACUCAAGACCAGCUGCCACCCCCACUGCAAUCCUGUGCCGUGCCAACCAAUCCAGUUCCCUAGUUCCAUCUGAGACCUGAACCAGCAUGUCUUGUAAACUGCCAUUCUUCAUAAACUCAUAUACAAGGUAAUGGCAAUCGGGUCGUGAAACAUGAGCUAGCAGAGGAAGAAGGUUUCUGUGUCGUAUUUGACCCACAGUCUGAAUCUCUGAUUUAAUUUGACGCAUCUUCUUGUUCAUAAGCUUGCUGUCUUCCUCAGUCAGGUCUGCAGCAUCCCUCGGGGGCUGAAUUAUCUUCUUUAUGGCAAUUAUCUUGCCAUCGCUUCCUGGCAACAAAGUCUUGAAAACUUCUCCACAUCCACCUCUUCCAAUGAUUUCAAGUGAUGCAACUCCAUCUUCUUUCUCCAGGAAAGCCAAAUCCUCUGCUUUCUUGAUCAGUGGACUGAAGAUUGCUGGACCCGAGUCCUUCUUUCGACCCCUAAUCAAGACCAGCAUUAGCUUGACAAGCACUGAGAAGACCAACCCGCAAACACUUCCAGCCAGGGCUCCAAUCAGAAAUCCGCCAAUCCACUUCCCCAGAUUUCUCUUGUGUUUUUUGUGUUUAUGUCCUGUUGCUGAUGGCCCUGGAGCUUGAGCUGUAUUACUCGUUGGGCCAGGACUGUGUGCAGGCGGCAUUGCAGAAUUCCGAUUCCUGGUAGAGGAAUUCUCGGCAAGGAUAUAGCGCUUUGGAACCGCCGCCUUCUCUGUCAAUUCCGCUGAUAGGUACUCUGCUGGCUUCAUUACUGGAAUGGGGCCUUCAAGAAAACUGUUACCGGAAAUGUUAAAUGACCGGAGAUUCCUGAAGGACCGAAUUGAUGCAGGUACUUUCCCGGAGAACAUGUUAUCUUCCAGGAAAAGUUGCUCAAGGUUGGGAAAGUGCUUCAAGAAAUCCAGGUCCCCGGAAAGUUUAUUAGAGGAGAGGUCAAGUACUCUUAGGCGCACCAACGAUGAUACCUCUUGUGGCACCUUGCUGGAGAAUUGGUUGUUCCGGAGGUUCAGAAUUUCCAGUUUCCGGCAGCCGACGAGUUGAGGUGGGAGUUGGUCAAAGAGGUGGUUGUUUGGGAGGGAGAGCUCUUUUAGCUCGGAGAGUUGUCCAAUUGCCGGCGACAAAAACCCGGUGAGCUGGCGUGACUUGAAGACAAGUCCGGUGACUCUGAGCUUAUAGGAGUUGUUUGAGAUCCUUCGCUCGCAUAAUACCCCGACGGAUUUACAUGGAUUAUGCAUAUUGAGCAGCGGAUCGUUGGUUCCCAAGUCUUCUAGGACAACUUCGAGGGCUUUGAAAUCUGAAUGGAGGAGACUGAGUCUGGCCUUGGCUAAGAUGGAUAGACUGAAGAGAAAAAGAAGAUAGAGGUGGGCUUUGCCGGAGAUGGUGGCCAUGUUGGUGCUUCCGGCGGAGGAGAGCGGUGGUCCUGGGCGGCAAGUUCAAAGCUUGGUGAUGAGUUAUGUAAGCCAAUGGGCGCUGACUGUGGACUGCAAAGGCUUAGCCGUGUGGAAUUUUUUGGUUAGUGGGGCUGCCGAAGUUACUUGCUCUUUCAUGCAAUGACCUCAAUUUCCAAUCUUACCCCUUUGCGGGUUCCCCCUUAAUUUCGCGUUUAUAUCGUUGAGAGUACUUGCGACCACUGCUUUGGAAUGCGCAGUAUAAGUUAUAUACUUGUUAAAUAAAUAUACAAAAUUUUGUGUAA